GCGGGACAAUAAGGGGUGGGACAGAGCUGUAUCCUAUUUAGAAAUCUGUAAUCUUGCCUUGAGAUCGGGACUGGAGACCACAACAGAAAGCGUUCAUACUUCGGGCUUGCAGAGAUCUUUCAAUCGUGAGGUUCUCAACGCGGAAGCAGUCCGGCUCCAACCCGACGAGGCUUUAUCAGCGCAGAUUUGGCCCGAGAUGAGAUGAGAUAGCGGCUGACAUCGGCGCGUUGGCUGUCGUCCUGCCAGCAAACAGCUGCCGGUUCUUUUCACUUUGCACUACUUUCACGAGCGGAGGUGUCACGUUUUGAGAAGCAAGCGGGCUGUUUUAAUAUUUGGAGCAACAGGGGGAGGAAAAAACUUCGGACAAAGUGUUCCCAGAGACGGCGGGUGAACGUCAGCGAAGCAGGAAAGGAUGUGAACAUCUGCAUUUGAGCUGCUGAGACGAAAAGCACAACGACUCUCUCAUAAAAUGGAGACAGUUGCGUUUAAAAACGCACUAUUUUGUAUUUGAAGCACUUUGGCCGCGGAGGGAGGGCUGCUUCCAGCUCGCUGUGAUAUGGGAGUCGUGCGACGUUUGAGUCUGUCGGGUUAAAAGGCGAGUAGAAAACAGAGAUGGGACGCUCUGCUGUGCUCACAGUUGUGCUAGUUGUGGCGUGUCUGUGGAUCUCUGCUAUCCAUGCAGAUUCUGAAGACGAUGGGAAGCUGCUCUGCAGAUGCGAGAAUAAAAAAGGCACAUGCGUAAACGGGACUUGCAGAGGAGACCUCUGCUUCUACACCUGGGUCAACGAAAAUGAGGAGAGGGGCUGUUUCUCCUCAGUAAACUACAGGGAGCAGUGCUACACCUCCUUUGAGCGCUUCUUUGUCCACUGCUGCAGAGAGAAUCUGUGCAACGCCUUCACCACACCACCUCCAAACAUAAAUGGAGAGCCGACCACAACGCCCCCAGCGUUCACUCGUCCAGAGCUGUGGAUCACGUUGUCUUUGCUGCUGUUCAUCAUAACUGCCAGCGUCUGCGGCUUGGUGCUUUUCCUGCGCUUCCGUCGUGUACAUUGCAAACUGACAAACAUCGAAGAGCAUGAUGUCACCAUGCUCAAGGCUCCUCAUGGAGAUGACCCCACCUACGGCGAUAUCUUUGAUGAGUUUUGUACAUCAGGGAGUGGGACAGGGCUGCCCUAUCUGGUCCAAAGAACUAUGGCCAGACAAAUCUCACUGAUCCAGUGUGUCGGUAAAGGCAGGUAUGGUGAGGUGUGGAGGGGAACCUGGAUGGGUGAGAGUGUGGCUGUCAAGAUAUUUUCAUCAAGAGAUGAGCAGUCCUGGUUCAGAGAGACGGAGAUCUACAAUACUGUGCAGCUGCGACACGAUAACAUCCUGGGUUUUAUAGCCUCUGACAUGACGUCCAAGAAUUCCAGCACCCAGCUGUGGCUCGUCACCCACUUUCAUGAGCUGGGUUCCCUCUACGACUUCCUGCAGUACAGCAGCUUGGAGCCUGAGAGCUGCCUGAAGAUGUGCAUGUCUGUGGCCUGCGGGCUGGUCCACCUUCACACUGAGAUUGUCAGCUCCCAGGAAAAGCCAGCUAUCGCCCACCGAGAUCUGAAAAGCCGAAACAUCCUGGUGAAGCGGAAUGGACAGUGCUGCAUCGCUGACCUAGGUUUGGCUGUGAUACACUCUCAGUCUCAUGACUACCUGGAUGUGGGCAACAAUCCUCGCGUGGGGACCAAGCGCUACAUGGCUCCUGAAGUGCUGGAUGAGACUAUUCGUAUGGAUGUCUUUGAGUCCUAUAAGCAAACUGACAUCUGGGCCUUGGGCCUUGUCUUCUGGGAAAUUACCCGCAGGACAAUAGUCAAUGGGAUUGUGGAAGAGUACCGGCCUCCCUUCUUUGAUCUGGUGCCCGUGGAUCCCAGUUUUGAGGAGAUGAAGAAGGUGGUGUGUGUGGACCAGCAGAGGCCCAGUCUGCACAACAGGCUCCAUUCCCACCCUAUUCUGACGGCCAUUGUGAAGAUCAUGAAGGAGUGUUGGUACCAGAGCCCACCAGCCCGCCUCACUGCCCUGCGGGUGAGGAAGACACUCUCCAAACUGGACCAUGACAGCGACUUCAACAUUGAAAAACUCAAGCGGGACAUCUAGACCAGAGCACCGGGAUGAAACGGGGAUUAAGCACUAUUCCAAAAGCACAAAGUGUAUAUUAUUAGUAUGUUUUGAGCUAAUGACUCUCACAGUCACUGCCUUAUGGUGUAAACCACAUGAUUUUGAGCAGUAGUGUCAAGACUAGCUUCGAUGGCUUUUUUUUUAUGUAGCCUUAUUUUUAACCCAAAAAGAAAACAAUUAAGACCAACAUAUUAUGUAUAUUUCCUAAUUUAGGUUCAGCAAAAGGACUUUUCCAAAGCAGAAUAAUUAACAUCAAACAAUUCAUAAGCCAUUCUACACACAUGGGGUUUUAUUCAUAAUUCGUCAUCGUCAUGACCGAAAGAAGAAUUUGUGGCAUGGCACACUUACUCAUCAUUUUAAAUCAAGAAGGGGAAGAGCACGUCAUUCUGGACUUUCUCAGAAAUACAGUUAAAUUGCACAAUGGGUUUUUCCAAAAAUGACCAAAGUUACAAAUGACAUGGAGGCCUUGAAGGGGGGAGGGUUCUAUGAAAAGAGGAAAUAUGUAAGUGAUAACGUGCUCAUACCAAAGCAAAUUCCCUUUUCCGUAAGCAUAUUUAACUUAUAUAAAAUGAGCAUUUAUUUUCUGCACACAGGCACAUUGAGCUAUUUAGUUGAACAUAUUCUAACAGCAUUGAGGCUGUUGUCUUGUUUCACCAUUGAUGUUAUUGUAAAUAUAUUUUUGAAAGGGCUGUUAUUCAAUGAGACACAUUUUAUAUACUUUUUUACCACACAUUUUCAAAAUAUUUUUUUACAUUUCUGUAGGCCAAUUAUGGAUUGACCUACAGGCCAUUACUAUUACUAUGGUCAAUAAAACAACUCACGACAUGUAAUAUGGUAAAUGUUGAAUAAAGGAUUGUAUUUUUCAACACUG